GAACACCGUGCGUGCUCCUUGAAAUUAAAGUAAAAAUCUAAAGUAACGCUCCUCUUUAUCUCCCUCACCCCUCUCACUGCAGAGUCUCCUUCUCCUUCCCCUCUCUUGACACCAUGAUGGACAUGUACAUCACGUUGGCUACUCACGGUCCAUUGGUACCGCGGAGUUGCAUCGCGGAACAGCCGGCCUUGGUCGUUCUGGGACCACCUCGUGCUGCGGAGAUGCAGUCGCUCCCUUGUGCUGUGCCAUAUCACGCUGCUGACAAGGGAGCGCCUGCGAAGGUCGGCUCGCUGGGCAAUGUGGUGCUGACGAAACCCGAGGAGCUCGAACCGUGGCUGCUGGUGGCCCGCCCCGUGGGGGCGAAGGAGGCGGCGAAGCGAGGUGGGUGCAUCGUCUUUGCACCGCCCCACACAAAGAAAGGUAAGUCCUCUACAAAGCCACAUUACUGCUGUCUCACGGACACGGACGAUGAAGUGUACGGCCGGGCAGCAUAUGUCUCCCUCGCGGGUAAAUCCGAAGGAACGACGUGGGCGGAGCCUACGCACAGCUCUGACGGCGACACCAGCUGUGAUGGCCACACCGAGGACAUGGACGAGGCCGAAGGCCCCGACUUCCCUUCGAAGUUGCCCUUACGCUACCACAGCAUCUUUUUACGGUGUGCCUAG